AUGUCGGAGAAGACCAGUGAUAUAACAAAGUCUCACAGUAUCGAGCCUUUGGAAUAUACCCCCUUCAAUGAAACGGGAUAUGAAGAUACAGAGGAAAACAUAUCUUUUACCAAAACGCAUCCUGUGAGCAUCAAUGUCCAUAAUCUUCAGAUAUCAGCUCGCAAGGGUCCUAAAAAGAUAUUUGGGCGAAAUGCCAAAAAGAACAGCAAUGAGUCAACAAAGAAACAGAUCCUACAUCCCAUGUCAUUUCACAUUCCAGAGAAUACUCUUGCUUGUAUAAUCGGAGGAUCUGGUUCGGGAAAAACGACGCUUCUGAAUAGGCUUGCCGGUAAACAAAUUACGAGCUCAACACUCAUUCAGGAGGGGUCAGUGACCUAUAACAAUGAUUCAGACCUCUCGAAAAUUAGACACGCGUACGUGAUUCAGCAAGAUAUACUGAUUCCUAAUUUGACUUGUUUCGAAACGCUCAUGUUCGCUGCUGAGCUCAAACUGCCCAAACUUACCUCAAAAACUGCUCGUGCAAAGCUCGUGAACGAGAUUAUCAUGGAGCUCGGACUCAAGGAGUGCCGUGACACUCUUGUUGGAGACCGUGUGAACAAGGGGCUCAGUGGGGGUGAAAAAAGACGGCUUAGUGUUGCUAUCCAGUUGGUUUCCAAUCCAUCGUUAUUAUUUUUAGACGAGCCAACAACGGGUCUGGACAGUUAUAAUGCGUACCUGCUCUGCGAAUCUCUCAAACGGCUUACAAAAAGAUUGGACAAAACCAUCGUCUUGAGUAUUCAUCAGCCUAGAGCGGAUAUUUUUCGGCUUUUUGACCAGGUUUACAUUCUCAGCAAGGGACACAUGUGCUAUGGUGACACCUACGAAAACGUGUUUAACCACUUUGCCUCUCUAGGAUACCCUAUUCCGGAGAAUGUCAAUCCAGCUGACUUUCUUAUAGAUACCACAAGUAUCGACUCGCGAAAUCCAGAGCAGGAAGCCAUAUCUUCGAAACGCGUGUAUUUCAUAGUCGAGCAAUGGAAACAGCGAAUGGCAAAAAUUGAGCUACCGGUGUACAAAGAUAAAAAUACCGAUCAUGGCGACGAAACGUUCCAAAAGGUGGGGCGGGCCCCUUUUUGGAGAGAGCUUCGCAUUUUGAUUCGAAGAAACUUUAUUCUCGAAAGAAGAGACCCAAUUGGAUACGCAGCAUUGCUAAUGGAAGCUAUUCUUCUUGGUUUAAUGACAGGUUGGCUCUAUUUCAAACCAGGAAGUUCUCUAGUUGGCUUACGUUCCAUACAAGGCUCUUUGUACACUGUCUCAUCUCUGCAGGCAUACUUGUUCCUGCUCUACGAAAGCUACCGGCUGUGCUCCUUGGAUUUGCGAGUGUAUGACAGGGAGCGAUCAGAGCAUUGCAUCUCAAUUCCUGGGUUCUUAUUGGCACGCAGGAUCGCCAAACUCUUCUCCGAGGAUAUAAUCAUACCGCUUCUGUUUUCCCUGUGCACUUACUUUAUGGUUGGUCUUCGAACAGAUUCGUCUAUUUAUUUCUUCCGUUUCUUUGCGGCAAACAUACUAUUCCAUUUAAAUUCCAUGGCAUUUGCAACCUUGGCUGCCUCCCUCACAAGAGAUGUUGCUCUGGCUACACUCAUUUGCAACCUCAAUUUCACAUUCCAAACCAUGACUAAUGGAAUGUACGUGAAUGCAAAGCAGAUGCCUGUGUAUGUCCGUUGGUGCAAAUACGUCGCAUACCAAUGGUACUCCUAUGGGCUUCUCAUUUCCAACCAAUUCACAGGCUACAGGGGCGACUGUUUCAAAGAGCACGCUGACUCGCCCAAUGUGGAGGACAUUUGUCGUGCAUAUACGGGCUCAUACAUCACCAACAGCCUUGGUUUCUGGGAGAACUGGAUAGCGCUCCCAUUUGGUGUACUUGUUGCAUUUUUUGUGGGCACUUUCGUGGUAGCUGGCGUAAUUCUGAAAAUUAAGCCUGAGGAUGUGACUAUGGCCAAAGAGGUGAAACAAAGCGAGUCGAAGUCAGCCACUUCAACCGAAAUCCCACGGGCGCUUCCUCAAUCUGAUCAACCCCUAGACAUCCGUGUUUGCGAUGUAAACCUAUAUGUGGAAAACAAACUAGCCCGUAGAGGCAAAAAACAGAUCCUCAACAAUGUGUCUUGCAAUUUUCAGUCGGGAAAACUCAACAUCAUAAUGGGCCCGUCUGGUUCUGGGAAAACAUCGCUGUUGAACCUGAUGAGUGGCCGUUUGAAAUCCACUUUGUUCACUCGGUACUCGUCCUCAGGCGUGGUGUACUUGAAUGACUGCCAGACAGAGUUUGAUACCAUCCGACCUAUCUGUUCGUACGUUGUGCAGGAUGACCACCAUCUUCUGCCUUCCAUCACUGUGAGGGAAACAUUACGCUUUUCAGCUCGGAUGAGACUUUCGAAAGCCAAAUUGUCCUCGUCUCAGAUCAACGCCCUGGUGGACAGGUUGAUACUACAGGUCGGUCUGCGGGAUUGUGCCGAUACCCUGGUUGGUAACGAAUUGAUCAAGGGUAUUUCUGGAGGCGAGAAACGCCGGCUCUCCAUCGCCAUUCAGCUCCUGUCGUCACCAAAGAUGCUAAUCUUGGACGAGCCUACGUCAGGACUGGACUCGUUCACCGCCUCCUCGAUCUUGGAAUGCCUGGAUCAUCUUGCAAGCUCUGGAACAACAGUCAUAAUGACCAUCCACCAGCCACGCACUCUCGAAGGUUUUGGCCGCAUUCUGCUGCUUGCAAAGGGCGGCCAGGUGGCUUUCAACGGUACGCAGGAAGAAUUGGUCGAUCAUUUCACUUCUAUUGGGUAUCCUAUCCCCAAGUUCACCAAUCUCGCUGAUUAUGUCAUCGAUAUGAUAUCAUACAGCACAACCCAUGAGGAAGUGGAGAGGCGCACUAGGGAACGAGUGCGGCACAUUGUUGGUGCCUGGAAGACCGAAAAUCUUCACCUGAUACCUCGUCGGAAGCUCACAUCGAAAACAGACCUGUACUCUGAAUUCCACGCUUUCGUUAAGCAGCCUGUUGAUUUCGUCACUGGACUGUAUGUGCUUACGCAACGACAGAUCCUCAGCUUAAUUCGUGAUAAAAACAUCCUGUUUGCAAGAUGCACGCAAGUGAUUGGUAUGGGUGUUAUUCUAAGUCUGUUCUUUGCGAGACUCAAACACAACAACACAAGCAUACAGAAUAGACUAGGUUUGAUCCAGCAGAUCGUCUCCAUUUACUUUACUGGAAUGCUCAACAAUAUGGCUGCGUAUCCGCGGGAGCGAGACUUCUUUUAUGAGGAGUACACCGACGAUGCUACCAACUUGUACUCGUUCUUUGUCAGCUACACACUCAUCGAGAUACCGUUCGAAAUAUUCAAUGCCCUGGUGUUUUCUGUGUUCUUGGUGUUCGUCGUGGGAUUUCAAUACGAUGUUGGCUUGUUCUUCACAAUGGUGUACACAUCUGCUCUUGUCAUCAACGCAGGAGAAUCUGUGGGGCUCUCGUUCAACACCAUGUUCGAUCAUCCUGGCUUUGCGCUCAAUGUCAUCUCGAUUAUUUGUUCAGUUGGUGUUGCUAUGGCUGGUUUGUUAGCUAUGACGCUUGACAGCUUCUUGAGAGCACUAAACUAUCUUUCGCCGGCGCAUUAUUGCGUGAUGUCGAUAAGCAACCUAGUCUUCACCAAAAAACUGAAACUGUAUUGCACAGACGAAGAGCGCGUAAACAAUGGCCAAUGUCUAUUCAAUACCGGCGAAGAUGUCAUGGAAAGCUAUAAUCUUAAGGUGAACCUUAAGCUUUACCUUAUUCUCAUAGUUAUCGUGACGAUAUGCCAUCGCUUGAUUCCUUUGGUCCUCUUGAGACUCAAGCUGGUCAAAUUUUCGGUAAUGCGUCCUGGUCAUAGCUCAUCGUAG